AUGUCAAAUUGGGCCGAAGCGACAAAACGGAUCAAUGAAGUAUAUCCCGAAUCAAUUGGUGUUCGAAAAGUUCAGAGAUGGUUUGAUCGAUUUAAAUCGAAUGACAGAUCUCUUGUGGAUAAGAGUCGAGGACACCCUACUAUUGUCAUCGAUAAUGAAGUUCUUUUGAAAGAAAUAGAAGCGGAUCCGAGGCAAACUCUUCACGAUUUGUCACAUAAGUAUGGGUAUAUAAAAUCGGAAAAUGGGUACCACAUGAUUUGUCACCCGAACAAAGAGCCAAUCGAUAGAGACAUGUCGACGUUUGCUGUUCUCAAAGACGUUCCAUUUUUGGAACAAAUAGUGACAAUGGAUGAGAAGUGGGUGUAUUACGAAAACCCUGUCAUAGGUGGUCAAUGGGUCGAUCCUGAAGAACCUGCGAUACAGACGCCGAAAAGAAACCUCAAUCCUAGGAAGGCAAUGCUGUGUGUUUGGUGGGAUUGGAUUAGUAUUAUUCAUUAUGAAGUUCUCGAAUAUGGUCGGACGAUAACAUCUGAGCUCUAUUGUCAACAAUUGGACAGACUUAAAGAAGUAUUGAUGGUUGUACCUCACCCACCAUACUCUCCAGACAUCGCACCUUCAGAUUAUUAUUUGUUCCGAAAUUUACAGACGUUUCUUAAUGGAAAAACAUUCACUGGAAUCGAUGAUAUCAAAAAAACCAUCGAUGACAUCAAUCAAAGGACUACUUUAGGGGAUUAUGGCUUUGCCUGA